AGAAGAGAUGUUUGCAAAAAUUUGCUUCUUGGUUGUCAUAGCAGCAGUUGCUGCCGACAUCAAAUAUUCUGUAGGCGUAAAGGAUAUUGAUCGAUGUGUUAGCGUUUUACAAAGUAUUUUAAGAAAACAAACUCGAACGACUGGUGCUCGAUCAGUUUCUGACUCCUUCUGCGAAGGAAAGACGGAUGGAAACUACGCUGAUCCAGAAAGAUGUGAUGGCUACAUUUCGUGCGCAAAUGGAAUUGCAUACAGAAUGCCUUGCCCAUCGAGUCUGUAUUACAAUAUUGUGAAAGAUCAAUGUGAUUAUCCUGAAAAUGUUGACUGCGAAGGAAGAUAUCCUUUGGUGCUUCAAGGUGAGACAUGCUACGAUGCUAAAGGCAGAAGACCUGGCACAUUCGCUGCAACUUCCAGUGGAGCCAUUGUGGAGUUGAAGUUGGUCCACAAAAGUGGUUACUUAAACUGUGACAAGUAUGAUGACCUAUCUAGAUCUAUGUGGGGAUGUAAUAAUAGAGAUACCUCUGCUGAAAAACCUUUCGGUACCGUCAUCACCACUGCUGAAAGUGAUAAAGUUGUGUUACCAUUGGAUACAGUCAGUCACACACCAGGAUGGUUUUAUGGACUUGACGGAUUUGACAGAGAUUCUCCAAGCUUGGUUCUUACCGAUUAUAGCAAAAGUGUGAAAGUGAGUCAAGGGCAGACGAUGAGAGUUUGGUAUGGAGAAGACUUGACCGGCGUGGCUGUUGCUGACAAUGAGGGAACACACUGUGUGGAUGUUUAUGCUAAAAUUGCACCUGAUGUGUAAACCAUGCGUCCAAAAUCACGUUUUUCACCUUUGAUUUGCUUUUCUUUCUAUCUUCUUCCUGAAUAUUUUUUUUCGUUCCUUUCAUAGUUGCUCAUCGAAUGCUUGUAACUUUUUUCUUUCUUUAACAUGACAAUAAACGAACAUUUUAAA